CCGCCAAGCCUUUCUGGCCUGCGCCCAUGAUGCAGGUCUGUGUUGCCUCAUCUCCUCACCCACCAAGCUCGUUCAAUUGUUUGUUCGUCACCAGAGCAGCCUGGCAGCUCCCAUCGGUUCAUUCUUUACUACAAAUUGCUUUCGUCUAGUGCUAGCAGACCGAAUGCAAGACUUCCCAGUAGCAACCAAGGUCCUCCACCUUCUGUUUCUUCGAUAUGAACAACCUCCCGGUUAGGGCAAACGAAAGCCCAAUCCCAGACUGCUCAUCCCAAAGCACAUCAUAUCCAACUGUAACCAAAGUCAUAUCGACGCUCGCCCUCCUUGUGCUGGGCUAUUAUGCGCUCUCAGUCUUCGACGCCUGGCCGUCGACGAUCAAGCGCUCCGCGUACGAAUCAUUCAUCUACCUCUUUCCUUCGCCUCUUCUCCACAUGAUGCAGCGUGCUAUGGUUAGACUUGGACGUAUGGAUCCCGAAGAAGCGAAAUUCAGUCGAGCCGAUUUUGGGAACAUAUUUGCAAAACAAGAGGCUGUGCAGAGAAUCUUUGGACCACCACAAAUACCCCUUGUUCUCCGGAAAGUUAGGAGCCUUUCCGGCGUCGGGGACUUCAUAUCACUGAGCAAUGAUACUGGUCCACCUGGCUUGGGCAACUGGGACAAUUCCUGCUAUCAGAAUAGUGUUCUGCAGGGACUGGCCUCUUUGCCUGCAUUCAUCAAUUUCAUGAAGCAUAGCCUGGAGUUGUGUGAGAAAUUCCAAGUGCCGGCGGAAACACAUCAGGCCCUGGUGGCUUUUCUUGAACAGCUUGCAGAUUCAAGCUGUCGCAAGACGACGCUGUGGACACCAAAAGUGCUGAAAUCUAUGGACAGCUGGCAACAGCAAGAUGCGCAAGAAUAUUUCUCUAGGGUUCUGGAAGCUGCAGAGAAGGAGGCGAAUGGGUAUAUCAAGAUUUUGAAACGGUCUUCGACCGCCGGUCUCGAGUGUCUGAGAGGGACCAAAACCAGUGAUGCUAAGACUACAUUUAGGGACCUCAUCGAUCAACCUAGAGCCAGCAAGACAGACCAGUUGCAAACAGAGUUGUCCACGAAGCCAGCACAGUUCGAACAACGAAAUCCCCUCAAUGGGAUGAUGGCACAGGCUCUCGAAUGCAAGACUUGCGGUUUUACCGAAGGGUUGUCCUUGACUCAAUUCAACUGUUUGACUUUGAACAUGGGUUUGCGAGGUGCCUCGAAUGUAGAGGACCUAUUGGAUGAAUUUUGUGCACCAGAGGAGGUCGAAGGUGUCGAAUGUGAAAAUUGCACGAAAGCGGCUUAUGGCGGUGAUGAUCGGAAAUGCGGCGACGAAGUCGAGUCUCACAACUCUGGAGAGGAAUGUCAAAAGAAAAGGCCUCCAGUCCUUCGUACAAAGGCAAAGCAAAUUACGGUUGCAAGGUUGCCGAAAGAUCUGGUCCUCCAUAUCAAUCGCAGUAUCUUUGAUGAGUUCGGCAAUCAGUUGAAGAAUACAGCACCAGUUGGAGUUCCUCCGAAGUUGAACUUCCUGGGCCCCUGGUGUGCACCAUUGGGGAACGAUGAGAAUUCCAUGGUGGCUCUAUUUGAGCUGAGGUGCAUCGUCACGCAUUAUGGUCGGCACGAGAAUGGUCAUUACGUUGCACUGGGUAAGCGUGGUAAGGACUGGUACUCCUUCAACGAUGAAAUGGUGACGAAGAUAACCGAGGAGGAAGUUCUCGGAAGAGGAAACGGCUUUAUGCUAUUCUACGAGGCGAGCCCAGAGCCUUGCAUGGACCGACUGCUGAAUCUCUCUGCUGCAAAGCCCGUGCCAGAGGUGCGGCACCUUGAUUCAGAGGGAAGGAGUGAUGAACUACCCGAGGUCGAGACGACAUCUGUGGACGACCUCGAGAGUGAGGCGCUGGACUCCGAGUCCGCUGUUGGGCCGUCGACACCCUACUCGGAGAGUUCAAUCAUUGCAUCAGAAGGGAGCUCGCCGAUUGAGGCUCCGCAACAGGCGCCAGAUAGGCGACAAGAUAUUCCGGUCCUGCCUAUGAGAACGGCGAUCGAAGUGUCUAACAAUGGACAACAAAGUUCAACAGGGACGCCUGUGGUUUCACCUCUGUGAAGGAAGGAUCAUGGCACUCACGACGUUACGAGAAAUGGUGUACCAAAAAUGAAAGAUACCCCUUAUAGAUUCGCAUUGCUCGCGAUGACAUCGAUACCAUAUGACACUUUAUCAAUGACAAUUCUUCGCGUUUUCCGAUUACAGGC